UAUAAAAUAUAAAUUGUAGGGGGGUUUUUUUGCCUCUACUCCUUGCAAUGAUAACUAUGUUACUAACGGGUAAAGAAGACCCAUAUGGUCCUCCCUUUUUCAGUCAAUGAAAGUGGUAAUAGCAACUUUUGCUCGACCUUCCAAGAAAAAAUGUUCUCUGCUUUGGGAAAUACUCGGUAAGAAAGUAUACUACUAGUAUACUGAUUAAGGACAAGUUCUAGCUCUCAUCGUGCAAGCAUAACUUCCUACCCUAAAAUCCGCUUACAACAUUCAAAUGAUGAAUUAUUUUUAAAAUGCUAAAGCCCAAUUGGGACUUUUAAUCUGAGUUUUGUUUGAAAAAAUAAUAAUUUUGUGGUAAAGGCCUUUCUUUCUUUCCGAAAAUAUCUUGGCGACCACUUGUGGUUGGGAUGCGAGUGCUGACUCCAAUGACGUGACAGGUAUGAAGCGUCUGAAUUCCAUAAAAGUUGCACUUGAUUCAGGAGUUAUGCAAUGACCAUUAAGGCCUCCCUUUAGCUUCUUCACUCUUUGCCUAUAUCUUUUUCCUUCCUCAAUCCUCAUGUGUUGCUUCCUGGACACUGCAACUAGCACUAGGGAGGGAGCCUAAUUAAACUUCUUCCAUUGGAAUGGGUGGUUUGGUCAAUGAUUAUUUCAGACAUUUAUAACUGUGCAUCCACCUUGAAGUUUUCAUUUCUACAAUUAAACUUAUCAUUAUUAAUUAUAAUUGCUUUUAAUUGUCAACGACUCCUGAUUCGGUCAUAUGUGACUCACUUGUAGUAGGAAUCACCUUAUGUGUUUCAAACCGACCAAUCUCCUUCCACUAAUUGUUCUUGAAAGAAAGAAGAAAAAAAAAUACUAGUAGGAUAUAGUACACCUAACUCUCCUAGGUGUAACUUUAUGUUGUUAUAAUUUCGGAACAAAGGGUAUCAUCUGCAAUUUUUUUGUGCAAGCGAGUAUUCUAGUCAUGGAAUUUUUGCUUCGAUUCUAGUUCUGUUCAUAUAGUAUUAGGAAUAAUCAUUUGAUACUUGGAGCAGGUAUUUAAGUUCAGUUGGAGAAAAAUUUGGUUAAGGUGAUGGGAAUGAAGAAUGGAAAAUAAGAAAAACGGAAAAGUUGAUGGGCUGUGACUUGAGGCGGAUUGAAGGUAAGCUGAAUGUUGCAGCAGCAUUUCAGCUGUCAAGUCCGGUAGCACAAUAAGUUAAUCAGGCUUACUUAGCAUUGUUGUAUUGAGAGUUUGGGUGAUUUUGAAGAUACUUUUAAGGGUCCUGGGGUCCCUUUGAUGGAGUCAUCAUCAUCUGCUUCAUUUAAAAGGGCUCGGGCACCUGGCAGCGGAAACCAAGUACCUUCAUGCUUGGUUGAUGGUUGCACUGCAGACCUCAGCAAAUGCAGGGACUAUCAUCGACGCCAUAAAGUAUGCGAAGUCCACUCUAAGACCCCAAAGGUUACAAUUAGGGGUCAGGAACAACGAUUUUGCCAGCAGUGCAGCAGGUUUCAUUCAUUAGUGGAGUUUGAUGAGGGGAAACGAAGCUGUAGGAAACGUCUUGAUGGACACAACCGACGUCGAAGAAAGCCUCAACCUGAUUCUCUAUCUGUAAAUUCUGGAAGGUUUCUUUCCAAUCACCAAGGUACUAGAUAUUUACCAUUCAGUAACCACCAAAUAUUUUCCGCUACCGCUGUAACCUCUUCUUGGGUGGGGUCUGUGAAAGUGGAAACUGAUAUAAAGUCAGAGUUAAACUUCAGCAGCAGAAAUAGCUUGUUCCCUGGAUCCUCAUCUCAAAACUGCAAAGAAGAAAAGCACUUCUCAUUCUUACAAAGCACUAGUUUGUCACUCCCUGGAGUUUCUGUUUGUCAACCCUUUCUUGAUGCCAAUCCUUUAUCAGGCAAUGGUGGCAGCAGCCGGAAAAUAUUCUCAAAUGGGUUAAAUCAAGUCAUCAACUCUAAUCGUGCUCUCUCUCUUCUGUCAUCCCAACCGGCUGAGACUGGGGAGAUUGGUUUGAGCCCCUGCCCCAUGGUGCAGUCUGGCCCAGCUUCAUCCUUGAACCAAAACUUGCAAUAUAAUGGUCUAGGAAUGGAGGGUGAGCAAGUAGGAUCUAUUUUGGCCUCUGAUGGCAGUAGUAACACCAACUUCCACGGAAACGAAAUGUUUCAGACUGGGCAUCCUGGGUCAUCUUCAAGUGGUACUCACCAUACGCUUUCCUUCUCAUGGGAGUAGUAUGUGCCGUUUCCAUCUACACUUUCAAAUAGAUGGUUUUGAGUGAUUAAAAAUGCUUAUCCCAUAAAUUACAAUGUUUACAGCCUUUUAAGCGGUGGCAUUUUGAAGUUGCAAAUUUAUGUACGUGUUUUUCCUCUAAAAAAAUUAUGUAGCCUUGUUCAAGUGAGUUCCAAUGAUGUAUGAAUCUUUUUCCGAGACAGAUUAUUUGAUUCUGCGGUAGUACUUGUUCCAUGUCAUUAGAUACUUGGUAGUCAGGACUCAUUUAUUCGUGCAAAAGACGAAAAGAGUUUACAGCAGAAGCUGCCCAAGUUAUCCAAAACGCAUUUAAAAUUCUUUAGAGGCUUCACCACCUGAGCUGCAAGUGAAUGAUUUACGUUUGUGAUGUCUUGAUUCUUACAAGGUUGUAUCCUGUGAGAGGGAUAACUGUAGUAGAGGAUUUGCUGGUCAAUUUAAUGCCUUGUGAGAGCGAAAAUUAUGGGGUCUACACGGUAACAUCGUCUAAGUUGAGUGCAACCUUUGUCAAUAUCCGAAUGUUGGCUAAGGAAACAUGUGCUUAAGUAAAGCAGGAUGACCUACCAUUACAGAUUGUUGAAAGGUAAUUCUCAAUCUGGAAGCAAGACUGAUUGAAGACUAGGCGGGAAGCAACAGCUUUGAAGGUUGGAAAAGACACUUGGAGCAUAAACGGUGGUGUUUCUUGACUGAAUAGGCUGGAGGUUUCAAAACUUUUGGUUUUAGUCUUUAUUUAAAGUUGCUGUCCUCAAAACGAUGUGAUGGUUGUCGUUUGGGUUUGCUGUUAUUGUUACUUAGUCUUAUACGUUUCUUUGUAGUGUCGUUUUAGUCUGUUUUCAUUCUCUGUUGAAGGCCUAACGGCCAUGGUUGGUCUGGUUCUCUUUAUCAUUGAGCUGUGUGUUGGUAAGUGUGAAAUUUAGUGCUUGAUUCGAUUUGUCA